ACGCCCCAGUAGCCCCCAGAAGCGAGAGCCGCGCGCUCGACUUCGCGCCAAAGUUCAACGCACGCUUCCGCGACGCGCGCGUUUUCCAGCACUGGAAAAACUGUUCCGAAUUCGAAUAUUUUAUUUUCGUUUUGCAACAUCGACACAUUAUUUUUCUUUUAUUUUAAUUUUGUAUUUUUUAAAUACAUAUUUCAAUUUUGUUCAACUAAAGUGAAAUAUAAAAAUCGUAACUUUUUUCAUAAGUACCUAGUUGUGUUUACAUAAUUAGUUAAAGUGACUAUUUAUAAAAUAUGUGACCUUACUAACGUUUAAAAGUAACAAAGCUUUUAAAAACCGAAAAGUGCAAUUAUGACGCCCUUUAAGUACGUAAUUUUAGUGAAUAUUUUAUGUGAAAUAAACAUUUCUGUGAUGGCUGAAAUGGAGCCAUCUGACAUUAUGGUUGCAGCCACUUCUGUAAUAUCUAACGACAUGGUGAUCAUCGCGGAAGACGUGUGCAGGGACCUGUUGAUUUAUUUGGACGAAGAGUCUGUUGAAAAUGUUGACGUCUGGUUACACAAAUGCAAAGAAAACUUCUCGAACGAAGCAGUACUACCAUUAAACCCACCACACAUACAACUGUGUAGACUGGAAGAUGUAGUACCGUUUAGAUUGUCACCGACUGAGGACCCCUGGCGUUUGGUGAUCUUAGUGCCUAACAAUGAGAACGUCACUGAUAUCACUAACUACAGUCUAAAGGAGAAAGACGAAUCCUAUGGUUCAAUGGUUACCGUGCCAGGUGGAAGCUAUACCGUUUGGACAACCACCCUCAACAGCCAAGGGGAGCAUUCACCCUGGCUGCGAGGUCCUGAGGUCUUGCCUUGGAAAUCUACCAAUGAGUAUUCGAUAAGCAAGGAGUUGCAAUUUGAAGAUAGUUCGAGGUCUACCGUCAGAGCUAAGUUUCAAUGGGACAGAAAUGAUGCUAGCACUGCGUGUUAUAAUGUAAUAUUUUCUUGUGAAAAUCGAGAGAUCAUUGACAAGACCGUAUGGCCAAACGUAAAGAACGAGAGAGGUUCCUGGGUGGUGAGAAAUCUCCCCGUAAAAGUACAGUGUGAAUUUCGUUUGUCCGACUGGCGAGGAAUCAAUAUCAUCGGGUACAAAACUGAUUGCCAAGAAGCAACAUGCUCAGAUAAAUCUGCAGAGCAAAUCAAAGCAAAUGACGAAACAAAUUCUCAAAUCGUUACUCUAAUGACGACUGGAGAAGAAAAUGCUCGAAUCGGUGCUGCAUUAGCUAUAGUUCAAGAAAAUGAACGUACAGAUACUAUAAUAGCUACUGAACAAGAAAGUGUUCAUACCGGUACUGCAAUAGCCACUGGCCAAGAAAACGCACAAACUGCAUCAGGUCAAGAAAAUUUUCAUCAUUCAGCGAUUGAAGCUUAUCGAAUAGUUACUGCAACGGCUACAAUCGCUCGGGAAGUAAAUAUUCUUGAUAUUGAACCUCAAAACGUUACCCUGAUGGCCACAGAGUCUGGUAACGGUUGGGACGUGACAGUGGGCUGGGUGCCCCCAAAGAUCAUACCUGAUAGAUACAAUGUGACGUUGGUGGGCCGUCAUGUCAGGAAGAGUGUGAAGGUUCCAGGGAAUGUAAAAGAAGCUAUCAUAAGAAACAUAGAAGACGAAGGCUUCUACUACGUCAUAAUUGAUGUAAUCGGCAAAAAUAGCAGUCGCACGAGCAGGAACGCCGUUUUUCCAGAGCGAUCAAACUUGACCGGCUUGAUAACGAGCGUGGCUGUGCUGUCCGCGAUUAUAUUCCUUGUGGGAUGUGUCAUGUUCCUGAGGAAGCGACGAGCUGACAAGCAGAAACGAUCACAUUUCCUGGAUUUAGACGAGAAGCCUUCAAAGGACACUCUGGAGACAUUCGACGUAGAAUCUUCCAGAACAGAGGAGUACUGGGAGGUGGGGUCCCGACGGCUGUUGCUGCAUGAGGUGGUGGGGGAGGGGGCCUUCGGAGUGGUCCGGCGCGGCACGCUGGCUGGCGAGGAAGUUGCCGUCAAGAUGCUCAAAGAUUUUCCAACGCAGGACGAGAUCCGUUCCUUCCACGCGGAGAUAGACCUGAUGCGGCUGAUGAAGACGGUGGGCAGACACGCGCACGUGCUCAACCUGGUGGAGUGCAGCGCGGGCCGCCGCCCGCUCAUACUCACCGAGUACUGCAGCGGCGGGGAUCUGCUCAGCUACCUCAGAUGUAUAUGGGACGUCAUGGUGUCCAAACGAAAAGCGAAAUAUUACAACAACAACAUUGAAUCUUGCGAGUACAGGAACGACUUAUUCAAGUGCAAAUUCGAAAGGCAACACUCCAAACUGGUCAUCAACAAGUUGUACGACCUCCAAGGAAUCUGCGACACUGAGUUGACUUCAAGAGAUUUGCUUUCCUUCUGUCGCCAAAUAGCUAUGGGAAUGGACUUUUUAGCGUCAAACAAAGUGGUUCACAGAGAUCUGGCUGCAAGGAAUAUUCUUGUAGCAAGGGAUAGAACGCUGAAAAUUGCUGAUUUCGGUCUCUCCAGAGACGUGUAUGAGGAGAACCAGUACAAGCAGAAAGGGAACGGAAAGAUACCUGUAAAAUGGAUGGCGUUGGAGUCUCUAGAACGGAAGAUAUACACCACUAAGAGCGAUAUAUGGUCGUUCGGCGUGGUAGUGUGGGAGAUCGUAACUGUAGGGGGCUCCCCGUACCCCGACGUGCCCCCCGCCAGGCUGCUGAGGUUCCUCCGCGAGGGGUACCGCAUGCAGAGGCCUAACAACUGCAGUAGGGAACUAUACGAGCUAAUGCUGUCGUGCUGGCACGUGCAGCCGAGCGCGCGGCCGUCCUUCAGCGCCCUCCACCGGCGACUGGACGAGCUGCUCAACUGCGCGUGCGCAAGCGACUAUCUAUCUCUGGAGAUGAUCGAGGACAGGCCUGUCACGCUCCGCAACAGAUACGUUAGAAUGAUCAAUGUCACCAUUUCAGAGAGAAAUUAGGCUGGUCCCGUACUGAAUGCUACUCGCAGCCGUGCCGGGCGGUGCCAGUCCACAACCACUACUCGUCGCCGCCCGCCGCGCCCUCUGCCGUCGCCUGAACACAACUCCAAACAUCAACUUAUUGGUUCUGAACUGAAAUUUGAGUUGAGUGUGUUGUCUUAAACAAGUCAAUUUAAACAUAAAUCGUGUUUAAAUUGACUUGUUUUUUAUCUUUGAAAUUCUCAUGUAGUCGAAGCCCGGCGCAUAGCUAGUUUAAGUGUUGUAUUAUUAAGAAAAAGAAUUUCACGACUAUGUAUAAGAAAAAUGAUUUUUAUUCGUAAAUAAUGUGCGGUAUAACAUAGAAAUUCAUCCUAUAAGUAAUUUUAUUUUAAUUUUUAAUUGCGACUCCAUAAUUCUUUGCCCUAGCAAUGUUGUACAAAUUGGAUGAGGGAAAUAUACCCCCUUUAAAUAUGCGAAUUACAGCUGCCAUGUGAAUAAUUUUUA